AUGGGUUUAUCGAUAUCGAAAAGGGUGUGUCGAAGUUUCCAGACGUCGCCUGAAUUCAACUCAGCAUGCGACUCCGUGUACGAAGAGUGCUUGAAGCUGAGCCAAGACGCCUUCUCUGGGGUUCGACCCUACCAGCUCUUAGCGGCCUCAGACCGCCUCCACUACUCUCUCUCGGCCAUGCCCCAUGUCCACCCUCUUAUCGCGAAAUGGGUCCCAACCCCUCCGACUCGGUCCCAAGUCGACAAAGCCCUCCGAGAGGUCGUCGUCGUUGGAAAAGAUACCACCUUGGAGCUGGGACAGGCUGACUUCAAGGCCUUUGCGGUGGAAGUGUUCACGGACGCUGUGGUUUCAAACGCCGGGAAAGCGGUUCUCCGACGAAUUCCGAUCGGAGUUGCUGGAAUUGCAGGGGUGGGGAUGGUGAGUCGUUCUGGGAAGGACUUGGUUGGGACCGCGAUUGGAGUCUACGCGCUUGGCGUUGCAACUUCCAUUUAUCUCAGUUUGGCAAUUUAG